UCAUCGGGAUCGAUAUACACUAAGCAUGGCGUCGAAAGGCAAGGUUGCCGGUAAACUAGGGAAAAAUGUGAAGAAGGUAGCUAAAAAACAAGAAUAUGCCCCAUUCCUUAAGGUCGUCAUACCAACAGGAUCAGCCAUAGCAGCUCCACCAUUGGGACCCCAAUUAGCACAGCGUGGUGUUCAGAUUGCAGCCUUUUGUAAGGACUUCAAUGCUUUGACAGCCGAGUACAAGCCAAAAGUGCCAAUGAUUGCAGAUAUCAAAAUCAAUGUAGACAGAACUUACACCAUUAAUCUUAUCAGCCCUCCAACAUCAUAUUUCCUCAAACAGGCAGCAGGAAUGAAAAAAGGAGCUAUGAAAACGGGUCAGGAAGUUGCUGGAAAGCUAUCCCUGAAACAUAUUUAUGAAAUUGCUACAAUAAAAGAAACUUCAGACUCAAGAUUCCGUGGGAUGUCAUUGGAAUGCAUUUGUAAAACCUUAAUAGGACAGUGUCAUGAUAUUGGAAUAGAAGUUGUGAAAGACUUGAAAGCAGAAGAUUACGGAAAAUUCCUGGAAGAACGAGCACAAAUUAUAAAGGAACAACAAGAAGCUCUUGAAACAAAACGACAAGCAAAAUUGUUGAGGACAUGAUCAUAUACCAGCUAUUGAAGUAUUUAAUUAACUUAUGAAAUAAAAUGUUGGUAAAACACUUUCAAA